UAACAAGUAAAUGAAGAUUGUCAGUGAUUGUGAGUUCUUACUCCAAAAACAUCCAUAGGCUCCAAGACUUUCCUUCUCUCUCCAUCUCUCUUUGCGUGUCCAUAUCCAUUCAAAAAAAAAAAAAAAAUCGGAAAUUGAGAAAAUAGAAAAGUUGAUCAGAUUAAAGGCACUGUUUUGAAUUUCCUAAUCGAAAGGCAAAGAUUAAAAGAAAAAAAUGCGCUUGAUCUGUUUUGAGUUUCGUUCCCAACGCUUCCGAAAACAUACGUGCUGGGACGGGAUGCGAAGCUGUACUCCUGAGUAUUUCGCGGAAAGAAAUACUAGUGUCUAUAACGUUUACUGGCUGAAUUAUGGCAUCUGCAAGCCUAGGAAAUGGAGGAGUAGGUAGUUCCAGGUCUGUCAAUGGUUUCAAAAGUUCGUCUAGUUCUGUUGAUUGGCUGGGGAGAGAAAUACUUGAAAUGAGAUUGAGGGACAAGGUGGACCAUGAUCAAGACAGAGAUAGUGAACCAGAUGUAGUUGAUGGAGUGGGUGCUGAAACAGGGCAUGUGAUAAGAACGACCAUCGGUGGCCGAAAUGGUCAAUCAAAGCAGAAUGUCAGUUAUAUUGCUGAGCAUGUGGUUGGAACUGGUUCUUUCGGUGUUGUUUUCCAAGCAAAAUGUCGUGAAACUGGGGAAAUCGUUGCCAUCAAGAAGGUUCUUCAAGACAAGCGCUACAAGAACAGGGAGUUGCAGAUUAUGCAAAUGCUGGACCAUCCAAAUAUUGUUUCCCUUAAGCAUUAUUUUUUCUCAAAAACUGACAAGGAAGAGCUCUACCUCAAUCUUGUUCUUGACUAUGUCCCUGAAACUGUUAACCGCAUAGCAAGAAGCUACAGCAGGAUCAACACACGAAUGCCUUUAAUAUAUGUUAAACUCUAUACCUAUCAGAUUUGCAGAGCACUUGCCUAUAUACAUAACUGCAUUGAUAUAUGUCACCGUGACAUCAAACCUCAGAACUUACUUGUGAAUCCUCAUACACAUCAGCUGAAACUUUGUGAUUUUGGAAGUGCAAAAGUGCUGGUGAAGGGAGAACCCAAUGUUUCUUACAUCUGCUCAAGAUAUUAUCGUGCUCCAGAACUCAUAUUUGGUGCUACUGAAUACACAACUGCUAUAGAUAUAUGGUCUACUGGUUGUGUGAUGGCUGAAUUGCUUCUUGGACAGCCACUGUUUCCUGGUGAAAGUGGGGUCGACCAACUAGUUGAAAUCAUUAAGGUUUUGGGGACUCCAACCAGGGAGGAGAUCAAGUGCAUGAACCCGAACUACACUGAAUUCAAGUUCCCCCAGAUAAAGCCACAUCCAUGGCACAAAGUCUUCCAAAAGCGUUUAUCUCCAGAAGCAGUAGACCUUGUCUGUAGGUUUUUUCAAUACUCCCCCAAUUUGCGAUGUACAGCUUUGGAGGCUUGCGUUCAUCCUUUCUUUGAUGAAUUGAGAGACCCAAACACUCGCCUUCCCAAUGGCCGUCCGCUUCCACCACUCUUCAAUUUUAAGCCUCAAGAGCUCUCCGGUGUCCCGCCUGAAGUUGUCAAGAAACUUAUUCCAGAGCAUGCACGUAAGCAGAAUUUAUUCAUGGCCCUGCACACUUAGCAACUAUUCCAAGUUUCUUCUGCUUCAACUAGCCAUCCCACGCCAUACGCUUGGUAUGAAAAUGUGUAAAAAAUAUAGCAACUAUUCCAAGUUUCUUCUGCUUCAACUAGCCAUCCUACGCCAUUUGAUUGGUACGAAAAUGUGUAAAAAAUACCCCUUACCCCGUCUUCUGUCAUGGUUCAGUAAGAAAAAGGGUGCUUGAAAACAGUCAUUGGAACGAAAGAGGAGACCCGAGAGGCUUUGAUUGCUGGUGGAGCUGUUUUUGUGUUCAUUAUGAAGACAAUUACUACUAUAGCUUUCCAUGUAUAUUUUUUUGUGAUCCCCUUUGUGGGAGGUUUUAGUGAGAUUAAAAUCGUGAGAAUGUAUGUAAUUUUACCCUGUGCUGAAAACUCUUCAUGUUACAACUCAGCUUUGUUCGUCAGUCAAUUUCUUUUAACCUUUAUAAUUUUACAGUAAAAUCCAAGUUUGCCUUGUGACAUAUGAGAAAAGGUACUGUGAUUCAGAACCUUGAAGAAGCAGAGCAUGUCGCUCCUCCUAUCAAGAUAUUCAAUGUUGGAACCGCACUUGAUUCGGAUGGAAAUUCCAAUGCUACUGGGGACGUGCUCUUGGGAUCUCGAAGAAGCACGGGAUAGUUGAACGAUUCAACUGGCUGGAAGGAUUCUACCAGCGAGAUAUCCGGAUGGGGAACAAGCAAUUCGCAACAAAUGCCUAGAUUAGCAUUGAAAUACCGUGGAUUACUUCAGUAGAGAUCGUACAAUGUUUCAUGUAUUACUGGCUCUUAGACUGACUGAAAUUAUUAGGAUUGAGUAAAAGUUGGACUGAAGUGAUUAGGUCAAUCAAGUGAAUUUAUUUGAAU